AUGUUCACCAGCAAGUUUGUCAGAGGCGCCGUCCUCGUGCUCAUAGGCCUCAGAGUUGCUCUCGCAGCUCCUACACAGACCACCAGCAUCGACCCGCGCUGCCCGCAGCCAUGGACGACGACAGUCACUGAGACGUUGAGCAUCAUUGCACCUACGACCACAGGUCCCUUGGAGACAACAACAUUCACCGUGACGGAGUUGAGCUAUCCGCUUACUACAUCCACCAGUGUGGGAACCUACGUAUAUUCGGGCCCGGUUUACACUGCCACACCAAUUUACACGACGGAGUACACGAGCACUUACAUAACGUUGAACGUAUAUUCGGACUUUAAAGGGCCUUUCCCGAGCGAUUGUGCAUACUAG